ACGAUCUAAUGCAUGAAAACUUGUGUACCUUUGUUUAAACUCGGCGGUUUAAGUCAAUGUCAGGCGGUCUAUCUGCAGACAUGUUUGUUACGAGAAUAUUAUUUCUCUUUGUGUUUCUCGCAUAUUGCGAUGGAUAUAACGUGCUGGUGGUUUUUCCUGUUCCCGGGAAGAGCCAUAGCAUUUUGGGAGAGGGCUACGUAAGAUAUUUGCUGGACGCCGGUCACGAGGUAACCUAUUUAACACCUAUACUUAUUAAAAAUCCGCCGUCAAGACUUAAGCAAAUAGAUGUGUCUGAGAAUUCCAAGUAUUUGCCAGCAGAUAUUUUCGACGUGAAGAGGUUCAUGUAUAAGGAAUUGAAUAUGCAAGAUGAAGUUAAAUACAUGGCUUUAUUUGACAAUUUGCUGAAUAACACAUUACGAAUGGAUGUUGUCCAAAAAUUUAUGAAAGAUAGGAGUGUUAAUUUUGAUGUCGUGGUUGUGGAGUGGCUUUAUACGGAGUUAGGAGUUGGAUUUUCAUCAGUAUUCAAUUGUCCUCUGAUAUGGUCUUCGUCUAUGGAUGUCCAUACGACCGUGUUGGCACUCAUAGAUGACUAUUUAAAUCCGGCUUUCACUCGACAUCAUAUGAGUACAGAAUAUUCUUCCAGUUUUUUGAAUAGGGUGAAGGAACUUUGGACUAUAUCGAGAACAUUGUUAUAUCAGUGGUGGAAUCUUGACGAGAAAGAAAGGAUGUUUCGAGAGAUAUUCGGACCGGCUGCCAAAGAACGAGGUAUAAAAUUACCACAUUUCAACGACGUUCGCUACAAUGCAUCCCUCAUGCUUGGCAAUUCACAUAUAGUGGUUGGAGAUGCAAUUGCACUGCCGCAGAAUUACUGGCACAUCGGAGGAUACCACAUCAAAAAAACUGUUGAACCAUUGCCAAAGGAUUUACAAAAAAUCAUGGAUGCAGCUAAAGACGGUGUCAUAUACUUUAGCAUGGGCAGUUUGCUGAAAGGCAGCAAAAUACCGAGUGCAGUAAGAAAACAGUUCUUAAAAAAGUUUAGUGAAUUAAAACAGGAGGUUAUUUGGAAGUAUGAUGAAAAAAUUGCAGAUUUGCCUAAAAAUGUGCAUGUCGUAACAUGGGCUCCACAACAAAGUAUUUUAGCACAUCCUAAUUGCGUACUUUUUAUAUCACAUGGUGGACUAUUAUCACUAUUGGAGACAAUAAAAUAUGGUGUACCAAUUAUCGGUAUACCAUUCUUUGCCGAUCAAUAUCUUAAUACAAACAGAAUAGUAUCUAAAGGAUUCGGCAAGCGUAUAGACAUAAGUGAAAAUACACCGGAAGAGUUGAUAGUUGCUGUAAGAGAAGUUUUGGGUAAUUCCAGUUAUCGCACUCGUGUGAAGGAACUAUCGUAUCUGUUCAAUGCUGAUUCAGAUCCAGGACAGCGAUUGGUUCAGGGCGUGGAGUUAGUGGUCAGGACUAACGGAGCACCACAUCUUCGCUCCGUCGCACUACGCGUGCCGUUCUACCAAAAACUGUACUUGGAUGUUUUACUAUUAGUUAUUGGAAUUGUUUUUGGACUUCCUCUUGUCAUAUAUUAUACGUCUAAACACUUAUUGUUGGAUGGCACUAAGUCUAAUCUUAAUAAGAAGAGAAACUAGGUUUUUUAAUAAUAGUUACUCCAUAUAAAGAAUGUUUUAAAACUAUUUGUUUUCAAUUAUUCUUUUUUUGCAAUCCUAAAACAUCCUUAAUCCUCCACCUCAAAAAACAACCCUUUGUAAAUUUGAUGUUCCUAUGUUUAAAUUUUUCUUUUUAACAUUGGAGUAGUAUUGAACAAAAAAUACUUUAAUUAAAGAAUAUCUAUGUUGGCAAUGACAGUUAUAUUAUUUUGCGAAUUAUGUUAGGUACCGACAGAAGGCUGUAGAAAAUUUCGCUAAAUCAAUUUCAUUUAGAAUAAACCUUACAAUUUAAACUUAAAGUAUGACCUAGUGGAUGUAAGCUUGUAUGGUUGUUUAAUAAUAAAAUUUUAAAUAUGGU